GACAUGUCUUGGAUCUUGGCGGGACAUUCAUUCAUCCAUUUGAUUAAACAGCGCUUUGGGAUUUUAGCUGAUGUCAGUUCGUGAUGAAAAUCUUAAAUCUAAUUCAUAACCCUAACCAACUGUAAAUCAUAAUCCUUAUUCUUCACAUAGGUUUAUAGCUCCCAUUUAGCCCUAACAAGUAAAUGGACACCCUCAAGGCUGCUUUAAUGUCGCUCAAAGGUCAUCCAUAAGUUAUAGUUUCGCCGAAUUUUGGUUACAUCAUUUAUGUAUACAUAAGUUCUAAUUCUUAGUUCCGAUCUCUAUCCAUAUCUUAAGUUCUAUAACGGAGAUGCUAAGCUAUUCAUUUACACUUACUGCCUUCUGAAUAGCUUGAUAGAAUCUGACAAGGUAGUUUAAAGACUCACAAGUCCGCUCUUAUACUGCAUGUAACCAGUGCUUGUAGCUGUUUGUUUUUCUAUUCGUGUAAAACAUUACUGAUCCAGGAGGCUCUGGUUAGAAAUUCUAGUGUAGAUAACAAAGAUUAUUUUAUCGUCAUUAGUAAAACUACGAUAAGCGCUACAAAACCGAGAGUCUUCGAUAAAGAACGAACUCUUAUAGAACAGCAAGCUAAUCUUAUGUGAAAGUUAUAUCUCGAGUCACUUCGACAGAGAAUCUAGAUAUAUUAGUGAAUUAAAAAGUCAUAUCAUGAAAGGUACAGUUGAUGGUGAAUAGAAAUCAUAGAAGAGGCAAAGAAGGAAAGGUCAAAUUGUUCCUGAUACUAUUGCGUGGAGCUUGGAGGGGUCGAGUGACUCGGAUCCUGAAUCCAGACUUUCAUAUGCUUCAUAUUAAGUUGAGCUGUUUGUCUGUCUCAUAUUCCCGACUUAUUCAUCAGGUACUCAUGUCAAGAACUAAUAAGUUUAAGCAAGAGAGCCUAUGGUAGUACUGAUUCCCCGCCACGUAUACUUAUUAAGAUUCCUAGGGUUUGAGUAACAAAAUCUCAAGUUAACUUGUUCUCAGGAGAAAGAUAAUAGCAAUACGCCGGUGUAACUGGAAGAUAGAAUCAAGAGGAAAACGGGUGUGUCAGAACGAGUAGUCUGGAGACUGUUUAGUGUGACUACAAACUACCACUCGCUACUUAUUGAAAUAAACAAGACUGGUAUGGUAACAAGAAAGAAAAUAAGACUACAGAAGGAUGCUUUAUUCAGCAGUUACUAAUUAAUACAUUCACAAUGAGAGUUACAUAUCAUUUUAAAUCUUCGGUCAGUGAAUAAAUUUGGACGAAAGUAACUAAAGUUAGUCAAUAAUCUAACAUGUAGUAUGAUUUUCAUAGUAAAUAAAUAAAUUGACUUGACUGAAAAAUAUUACUCACUCCUAGUUUGUAUGUUUGUUUUAUUCCUAACAAUAACUACCACUAGGUUAACUUUACUAUUGUUUUGGUAAAAUAAAUGAAAAAUAUUAUUUGGGCUGGUGUUCUACGUCAUGAGGAAGGAAUGUUUUUCUGUCUAAAGGACGACAGGCUCUUAGAUCACGUCUUUCAUGUUAUUUGUUUAUUAUAUUUGAACACAUCUUUCAUGUUUGGCUAAUCUGAUUCCGAAAUUAGAUUUGGCUUUAGCAAAAGGCGAAAAUAUUCCGGUAGAUGUAAUUUUUAUGAACCUCAGUAAAAACUUUGAUUAGAUCUCUCAUUUGGGUCUUUGAGCAAAGUGGGAAGGCUUCGUAAUGGAUUAUACAUCAAGAUCAGACUGAUGAAUUUCUUAGUGAUAGGAGGCAACGUGUGAGAGUAAACAGCACCUUGUUAUUGUAAGAAUAUGUGAAGGCUGGAGACGUGUUUGUUAGCAGUAAAUUCUAGCAUGCUCAUGGUAUGGUAAAUAGAUCGUUGUGACGAAUUAUGCAAGUAGAUAAUAGAUGAAGUGCUUUCAACUAACAUCAAUAAUACUAUUUUAAAAGCCACAGCAAUUAAUGAGCCCAGAAUCAUGGGUAACUAUGAUGGGCGCUGCCAAAAGUUUCCUUAUUUUGUAGGUAAUCCGUAAAGCCUGUCAUAACUUGGAGAAAAAUACAUCUAGGAUAUUCUGCCCGACGUAUGUGAGACCUCGUUUGAAAUACCGAAUUCAGUCAACGAAUCGUUGUUCCAAAUAUGAAACGGAUAUUCUGCGACGGGUUUAACGACGAGGAACCAAAAUUUCAGUCUUCCUGACUUGUCUUAUCAAUAGGCUGGGACGCUUCAACCCAUUUCUGUUAUCCGACAGUAGAUCGUGGGGUGACGUAUUACAAUGUACUAAACAUUGGUUUUUGUACUAAUAUGUUCUAUCUUUCUUUUCAGGUAGUCUGAAAAGGUAUUCUCAGAUAGUUCCAAACCAAGAUCAAGUCGUUUAAAUCUGGAGUUGUUAAUUACUGGAAUUCUCUGACAGAAAACGUAGUAUCAGAGCUUGUUGAUACAUUCGAAGAGAUAUUGUAUCUUCACAGUACUAUAAAUCUCAAUGGUUAACAUGGGUCACUUGACCUCUUACCCUUACUCCUGAAAACUGACUGCAUCCUAUGUACGGGCUUACUGAAUUUUUGGCUCACAUCUCUUGUUCCUUAUCCUUCCAAAUUUCCACUAUUCUCUGCACGUUUUCCAGUACUGAUAGUACCUCCAGGGUAGACACGAAUAGCUGAAUAUUUUCAUCUCAUCAAGGGAUUUACUUCUAAGACGAUUUUAGCUAUCUGACCGAGUUACGCACAACCUGCGUUGUCAUAUUUCGGUAGGUAACCAAAUUCCAUUUUACUAAAAUACAUCCUAAUGCAUGCAGAAGGUUCUCGCAACUUGACUUUGAUUGAUAGUUCGAGAUUAAGAAAUAGUACAGAGUUACACGAUCAAAGGGGUUGUAAUUCCAGGGCCCCUAUUAUGUGGGAAUUCGAUGAGAGAGUUAGGACUGUUGUCUGUGAGCGAUUUACUUUGGUGCUCAGUUUUGCCAAUAUUUGUGUAUCUAAAUAAAUAAAAUCACUAACCUACAGAAGACAGAAGGGUGACAUCACAACCUGCUCCGACCAUUGCAGCAAGGUAAUCUUACCAGAGCGUCAUCAUAGUGACGCACUUGAAAAUCCUCACAGGGUUGUCCACUAAUAGGAAAAUACCAAAGUAACACCUCAGUUUAUGCAUCAUGUAUCUGUUCUACAUGAAACGCCCUCAUAACCAUCGUACCUAUAGCCUUUUCGAUGGACCGUUGCAAGCAAGUAUUAGAUGAGCAUACAAAAGCACACGAACCUCCCUCAGCCAGGUGGGAUGACUAGUGAAAUCACAGAGUAGGAUAAAGUUGGAGUGACCAGCCUCCCCCCACCCAAUGUUACAUGUGUUGAUAUUUCUUCAUAUCUCCCCACUUACGUAUUUGCCUUAAUUAUCAUUUCAAUCCUGCCUCACUUUUCAUUCACACCUAAUCAGACAUUCUUCAUAUCCCGUUAUUCUGACUGAGAUUAGCUAAACUACUGUUAAUAUAAUAUUCUAAGUUCUAACAGUCCUAUAGUCCAUUGAAAAGAACAUGGGAAAAAUGAAUAAAUCAAACUAACUAUCACUAGGGCUACUGCAUCCGCGAGAAGCCUCACUGAAUACGACCAAAACAUCCGGAAUCGCUAGCUAACAAGAAUACGCAAGCUCUCUGACAUCAACUCGUAUAUACUAGCUCGCCACAAAGAUAUUGAAUAGUUUGAGUUAACAUCGGGUGUGGUAUUUUUAGAAUGAUAAAGUUUGGUUUACGUUGCUGCUUACGUAUACGAUUUGUGCGCAGGCCCGGUAAAAAAAAUUGGAAGCUUUUAAUGGAUGAUAAGAGAUUCAGUUGUUUGUUGUUUUGUAAACUAGCUAUAAUUUUGUAUUAAAAUUUCUGUGGUCAGCAAUUUUAUGGGACUAAGCAUGUGAUAUAGUAACAAACUUUGGAGCCGAAGUUGCAGAUAAGCUCAUAUGCUGCACAUAUUUUCUUUUUAACUUUUACUAUUUUUUAUUCCGCAAACAUUUACAAAUGCAUUUGAAAAUUUCAGAUUUUCAACAUUUUGUGAACCAUAAGAAUUCGGUUGGAUUUUUCAGUCUCCAAAAUUUAAUAUUUAAGUUAUGACUUCCACUUCACGUCAUAGUAUAUCUAAUAUUUGGCAAUAAAGAGGUGACAAAAAGUCGUGUGCGACUAUCACUUAGUCACUCAACUUAAAUAACGGUACCUAGUUUUGGCUGUAUUCAGAGACCUAUGCUUCACGAGGGCUAACUGGUGUGAGGAGUCAUAAAUGUAUGAACUGCUUGAGUACGAGGCUUCUAUUCUUGUCGACAUUCACCACGAAAGCUCAUUGCUGGUGCUUGCUGAUGGGCUGGGAAUGGAUACAAUUAUUUAUAACACACUAAGGUUACAUUCAGAUCCUCACAACUUAGUGCUUGUUUCGAACUAUCGUCUCCCAGAAGCUCGUUUUCUAACAGGUAUACUGGAAAAGAAUGGAAUAAUCCACUCUCCUGGAAUAAUUACUGCCGAGGUAAAUAAUAAGGAACGUGAGGCAAUUUACAAGCGAGGUGGUGUGGUAUUUGUCAGUUCUCGCAUAUUAGUUGUGGACUUACUGAUGGAAAGAAUGCCUGCCACUUUGGUUACCGGUGUCUUAAUUCUUCGAGCACAUGAGCUACACGAGGCUUGUCAAGAUAGUUUCGCUAUUCAGCUUCUCAGAGAACGCAAUCCGCAGUUGUUUAUCAAGGCUUUCAGUGAUAAUUCAUUGUCUUUGACUUCUGGUUACAAUCAUGCAGAAAGGAUUAUGUUGCAGCUGGGUAUUUCAAAGCUUGUUCUUUGGCCAAGAUUCAAUAUGCAGGUUGUUUCUUGUCUAAAUGAAAGCCAACCUGAUGUGGAAGAAGUUCGCGUAAAGUUGACUUCAGAAAUGAUUAUUUGUCAGUCGUGUAUACUUGACCUUAUGAAGGCCUCAUUGAAAGAAUUAUGCGAUCAAAAUCCAACAUUAAAUACGGACGAUCUUACCUUAGAAAAAGCUCUGUUACCGAAUUUCGACAGUCUUGUCUCGUUAUACGUUGACCCUGUAUGGAAUCAGCUCAGUUCAGUCAGUCGACGUCUUGUCGGAGAUAUUUCAAGCUUGAGGCGUUUACUCCACUUAUUGAUUGAAGGAGAUGCUGUCAACUUUUUAACCAAUAUGGAAGGUUUACGUCAAGCCGCUUUAGCAAGUUUAGGCGUAACUCAAAAGAGUGAAAUAAAUUCAAAAAGGGCUGCUUCAAGAGGUUGUCCUAGUUGGUUUUUGAUGGAUCAAGCUGAUCGUCUUUUGGCGUCUGCAAGGUCUCGUGUAUAUGCUGAUUACAGCAAAAAAUUAUUAAAUGUUGAGAUUAGUCCUAAAUGGAAAGCACUUGUUGAACUACUAAAAGAAAUCUAUACCAACACAACUGAUCAAACAUUAAGUAAUACCAUAUUAAUUCUUGUCAGUCGUGAAAAUACAGCAAGGUAUCUUGAACGUUAUUUACAACGUGGAAUACAAUCUAUUAAGAAGUUUCUUAUUCAAACUUCAGAUUUACCUGAGUUACAGUCGCAUAAAAUACUACAGAAGUCUGCCAAAUUAAUGAAUCCGAAAUCUUCUGGAGAAUCAUCCGUAACUACUCUAACACAAAUUUGCAAAAAAUAUAAAUUUGAUGAAUUGUGUGGAGAUAAUGAUGACACUUCAUCCUCAUCAGAGGAAAAUUGUAAAAUGGAUAAUACUGAAAAAAUCACUAACAAUAAUAAUCGUUUGCCUUUAGGAUGUCAUGAAGUUAGCAUUCAUCCUAGUUUAUCAAUUUCAUCCAAUAUAAAGAUGUCUAAUUCACUUAAAAUUAUUAUACGUGUAACACCAACAUUUUCAGGUGAUGAAAAUAGUCAGUUUUAUGGGUCAGCAAAAGAUCACCAAGAUGAGUCCGAUUUAUUUGUACAACAAUAUGGUUAUCGAUUAUCAUAUAUUUUAGAUGUACUUCAACCUAAUUAUGUGAUAUUAUAUGAGCCCAAAUUAUCAUGGGUCAGAGAAUUAGAAGUGUACAAUGCACGUCUUCUAAUUCAACAUUUCUCAAAAAGUGACUCUUCAAGUAACAUCAGAGAGCUUAAUAAUUCUUUACCUUCAUUAAAAAUAUAUUUUGUACUGUAUGAAAAUUCCGUUGAAGAACAACGAUAUUUAACAAGUUUACGUAAAGAAAAAGAAGCAUUUGAAUCUCUUAUUCAGCUAAGUAGCACUCUUGUUAUACCAAAAGAUACAACAAUACCAUAUGGAAAAUUACACGCAGGUGAUAAUCAAGCAGUGUCUCGUGUAAUUGUAGAUAUGCGUGAAUUUCGUAGUGAGCUACCAGCACUUUUACACAGAAAAGGAUUAAAAGUAGAACCUAUGACUUUAAGUAUUGCAGAUUAUAUUCUUGCUCCGCAUUUGUGUGUUGAAAGAAAAUCUGUUAGUGAUCUCAUUGGUUCUCUUAACUCUGGACGACUAUAUCAUCAAGCUACUGCAAUGUCACGUCAUUAUGCAAGUCCAGUUCUCCUAAUUGAAUUUUCUAUACAUAAUAAAGUUUCUAGUUUAAAUCAUGGGAGUACAAGAGGAUUUCAUGGAAGUGAAGCAGUUGGUUUUACCUUGUACACUGGGCGACAUGCAAUUAACCCUAGUUCAGAGUUUAAUUCCCAUCAUCUUUUAUCUAAACUUGUUUUGCUCACUAUCCACUUUCCUAAUCUACGAAUAUUUUGGAGCAUGACUCCCUAUUGUACUGCAGAAUUGUUUGCGGAGAUCAAACUUGGUCGACCAGAACCAAGUGUUGAAAAACUUCCUCAGGAUGGUGAUCAUUUAGAGGAUCAUAAUGUUGAGGCUGUUGACAUGCUAUUAAAAUUACCAGGUGUAUCAUGGAAAAACUACCGGCGCAUAAUGAGUCAUGUUUCUUCUUUAUACGAUUUGGUUAACUGCAGUAUGGAAAGGUUAGCAGAAAUUUUGGAUAGCAGUGAAUCUGCUGUUAAACUGCACAAUUUCCUCCAUUCCAAAUGUAGUGGCUUAGUUUCGAAUGCCUCGACAGAUAUUGCUGAUGAAUCAUUCAAGUGUCAAAACAGACGUAAAGCCAGACUAAAUUUAUCAGCUUGUGUAAGAACACGUCGUGGGAAAGGUUGUGGGCCUAUCAAAAUGUAGCCCGAUUUAAUUAAUAAUGAUAAAUAUUUGUAACAAUCUUGUACAUAAAAUAAAAUUUAAGUUCCU